CGCGCCGCACGGCUGGAUGACGCAGAGCCGGAAGUGAGGAACAUGAGGUCCUAGGGCACGAGGGAAGAGGCUGGUGGGGGGCUAGGGGGCGUGCACGUGAAUAGGCUGGCCGGAUCUCUGGCAUGGCCGAGGCCAGGAAGCGCCGCGAGCUGCUUCCCCUCAUCUACCAUCAUCUGCUGCAGGCUGGCUACGUCCGCGCGGCGCGGGAAGUGAAGGAGCAGAGCGGCCAGAAGAGUUUCCUGACUCAGCCCAUCACCCUUUUGGACAUCUAUACACACUGGCAACAGACCUCAGAGCUUGGCCAGAAACAGAAGGCAAAGGAUGAUGCCUCACUGCAAGCCAAGCAGUCCCGGGUGUCAGACCCCAUUAGCAGCUCAGAGAGCUCAGAGGAGGAGGAAGAGGAGGCAGAAAUCAAAACUGCCAAAGCCGUCCCGAGACCAACAUCUGUCAAUUCCACAACUACAGCUGCAGAUUUGCCAUCAAGCGUGAAAGAAAAGGCCCAGGCAAAGACCAAGACAGCCAACAAGAUGGUGAACUCUGUGCAUCACCCUGCAUCAGGAAAGGGGGUGGUCCACCUGCUCUCUGGGAAGUCCCCUAGGAAGUCAGCAGAGCCCUUGGCAAACACUGUCUUGGCCUCUGAAACUGAGGAGGAAGGCAGUGUCCAAGCCCUCAGAGCCACUGCCAAGCCUGGAGUGUUGUCAAUGGGCCAGGCCAGCAGUUCCAGUGAAGACACCUCCAGCUCCAGUGAUGAGACCGAUGUAGAGGUGAAACUUUCGGUAAAACCAGCCCAAGCUAAAGCUUCCCCAGCUCCUGCCAAGGAGCCUCCAGCAAAGACAACCCCAGGCCCUACCAAGUUAGGGAGUGUGAUGCCCCGGCUCCAAGAAGGCACACCAGCUGCACCAGGGAGGGCUGCAAAUGCCCGAGAGGCUGAGAGCAGUGAGGAGGACUCUGAGAGUGAAGACGAGCCCCCUGCUGGGAUGCCUCACCAGGUAAAGGCCCCUGGAAAAGUUCUUCAUGCCAGUGCUGCCUCAGUUUCUACCAAAGAGGUCUCUGGAAAAGGGUCUACCUCAGCACCACCAGAGAAGACUAGGCCUAAAGUCAUACAAGCCAAGACAGGAAGGUCCCAGAAGGAGACAGAGAGCAGCAGCGAGGACAGUUCGGACAGUGAGGAUGAAGAGCCAGUUGCUGUGACCACUCCUCAGGCAAGGCCUUCCGGGAAGAACCCUCAGGUCAAGAGUACCUCAGCCCCUGCCAAGGGGCCCUCCCAGAAAGGGGCUCCUCCAGUCAUCCCUGGGAAGGCAGGGCCUGCAGCAGCCCAGGCCCAGGCAAGGGAGCAGGAGGACUCGGACAGCAGCAGUGAGGAGUCAGAGAGCGACAGUGGGAAGACACCAGCAGCUGUGGCCCUAAGCACAAGUCCUGCCCAGGUGAAACCUUUGGGGAAAAGCCAGCAGGUCAGACCUGCUUCCACUGUAAGCCCAGGGACCUCAGGAAAAGGCACCCACCCACCCUUCCCUGGGAAGGCAGGGUCAGCAGCCCUCGGGGUCCAAAUAGGAAAGGAAGAAGAGGACUCAGAGAGCAGCAGUGAGGACUCUGACGACGACAAGACUGUGACCCCAGCCAAGGCAAAGGCCUUGGGGGAAAGGGCUGCCCCUACACUCCCUCAGAAGGCGGGGCCUGUGGCCGCCCAGGUCAAGAUUGAAAUGCUCAAAGAAGACUCGGAGAGCAGUGAGGAGUCCAGUGAGGAGUCAUCUGACAGCGAAGAAGAGGCAGCUCCCGCUCCAGCUCAGGCCAAACGAGCUCUGGAAAAGCAGACAAAGGCUUCCCCUAGGAAAGCCACCCCCUCCACCCCUGCAUCUGCCAUGGUCACCUCUGUGCGAGUGAGCACCUCAUCCUCUAGUGAGGAGGCGUCAGGAGCUGCUCCUGACACCACGAGGAUACAGGGGAAAGCUGUGGGGAAGGGCCUCCAAGGGAGAGCUGCCCUGGGACAAGGGGUGGCCCCAGUACACCCUGGGAGGUCAGGGCCUACAGUUGCCCACGUCAGGGUUACAACUCAGGAAGACUCAGAGGACAGCGAGGAGGAAUCCAGCAGUGAGGAAGAUGAGACCUCAGCACAGGCUAAGCCCUUGGGGAAACCUCUUCAGGCCAAAGCCAACCCACCUCCCACUAAGGCAUCUCCAGCCAAACGGCCGUCCUCUGCAUCUGGAAAAGUGGCCACUGUAAUUGUUCCAGCAAAGCAAGAGAGCCCAUCCAAGCCACCCGUCCAGAACAGUGCCAUCUCUGCAAGGGUUCCCGCCACAGGAAAAGCAGGAGCCCCAGCACUCCAAGCGCAGAAGGGCCCAGUGGCUGGAGCGGGGCAGGACUCGGAGAGCAGCAGUGAAGAGGAGUCCGACAGUGAGGAAGAGGCACCAGCCCAGACAAAACCUGUGGGAAAGACCUCUCAGGUCAGAGCUGCCCUAGCCCCUGCCAAGGAGUCCUCUGGAAAAGGAGCCCAUCCAGGAGCCGCCAAGAAAACAAGACCUACAGCUACCCAGGCCCAGACAGGGAAGAAGGAAGACUCAGAGAGCAGUAGUGAGGAGUCGGACAGUGACGGGGAGGUGCCGUCGGCCAUCGUCCCAGCCCAGGAUGGUACCUCCCAACCUGCCAGGAGCAGAGCCUCAGCAUCCGCAGCCCCAGAGAAGAACAUAGAGGAGUCCUCAGACAGCAGUGACGAGGAGCUGCCAUCUGCCCAGGUGAUUAAAUCCCCUCUGAUUUCUGUCAACCCUAAUCGUAGUCCAGCUGGCCCAGCUGCUACCCUUAAACAAGUUCAGGCUGUGAACACCCCAAGGAAGGCCCAGGCCUCGGGCACCGUGGCCCAGAGCUCAUCCUCUGAGAGUGAGGAUGAAGAUAUGAUUCCUGCCACACAGCCCUCCACUCAUGCCACUAAAACCAAUGUGGUGACUGUGCCCAUGUCCCUCCCACGGACAGCCCCCCAACCCAGCAAGAGUGAGCAGUCCAGUAGGAUGCCGAAAGGCAAGAAACCAAAGGCAACAUCCACUCAGAUCAGCAGUGCUGUGGAAACACUUCCUGUGACACCUCCCCAGAGCACACCUGUCCAGUCCAAAGUAACCGACAAGGUCAGGAAACCCAAACUUCCCGCCAAGCAGCAGCCUCCCACAAUCAACCCCAGCAGCUCCAGUGAUAGCAGUGACACCUCUUCAGGGAGCGAGGAGGAUGCCAAGAGACCCCAGAUGGCCAAGUCCGCCCCAAGACUGGAUGCAGGCCUUUCCCAGAAGGAGACUGUGGUGGAGGAGACCCCAGCUGAGUCCAGUGAAGAUGAGAUGGUGGCACCCUCACAGUCUCUUCUCUCAGGUUAUGUGACUCCUGGGGUGACUGUGGCCAACUCCCAGGCUUCAAAAGCCGCUCCUAGGCCAGACUCCAACCCCUUGGUUUCCUCUGCUCCGGCCACCAAAGAUAACCCAGAUGGCAAGCAAAAAGCAAAAUCCCAGAAUGCAGCAGACACCAUGUUCCCUAAAACCGGUAGGAAAGACACCUCCUCGGACACCACAACUCCGAAGCCCAAGAAGGCCAAGAAAAGCACCUGGACCCCAGCAACACCCACACAGGCUCUGCAGAACAGCAUCACCCAGUGCCUCCGGGAGCAGUCCUGGCCCCUGAGCGAGGCACAGGUGCAGGCCUCUGUGGUGAAGGUUCUGACGGAGCUGCUGGAGCAGGAAAGGCAGAAGGCCACAGAGGCCAUCGAGAGUGGGAAGAAGGGCCAGAAGCGGAAGCUCUCGGGGGACCAGCUAGCAGCUGGGGCCCCAGAGAGCAAGAAGAAGGCCUCCGGGACUUCCAAGGCAAAACCAAAACUAGACCAAGUGGAUGCUGAUGGCAAGGGGAAGGGGUCACCUGGCUCCCAGGGGGCCAAGGACAAGCCCAAAAGUGAACUGGGGUCAAAGGUUGAGAGUGGAGAACAGAGUGACGCAAAGAGCAAGAAGGAAAAGAAGAAAUCCAGUAAAAAAAAGAAAGGCAAGGACAAAAAGGGAAAGAAGAAAGGAAAAAAGACCUCAGCCAAAGACCCUGACUCACAGAUCAAGAAGAAAAAGAAGAAAAAGAAGACUGCAGAGCCUGCCGUGUGAGGGCCAGCUCAUAGAACAGAGUCUUAUCAGAGUGCAACUGUCCCGAGACCUCUGACCUCUGGCCAGUGUGACUUGGGACUGGACUUUUUAAAUUACCCUCCCUCAACAGAAGAUGAUGGCCGACUCCAGCGUGUGCUGCUGGCCUAGCCAGUGAGCCUGCAAGGAGGCGGCAGCCCCAGGAGGAAGAGGGAUGAAGCACCCACCCCCUCCGAGUGCUGCAUAAGAUGUGUACAGUAUAUAUAUAUUUUUUUAAGUGACCUGCCUCUCCCCCUUCAAAUCCACCAUGCCCAAAGGCCUCAGGACCUCCCUCCCUCUGCUCUGCAGACCCAGCAAGGUCCCACUUACAGUUCGUCCCACUCCCUGGGUCCCUAGCUUAUCCCAAGACCUUGUCCUAUCAGUUUUCCAGCUGUUCUGGGUUUUUUGUUUUUUAAGAACUUAAAAUAAAAAAGACUGUAAAUGUAAA